UGUUGAAUGAAACGUUGUGCAGCAUAGAUCUAGUUGGAAAAACCUGAAUUAUCUGAAAGUGGUCGAAAACAAGUUGGAUGAAAACAAACAUGGCGAAUUUGGCUUGAUAAAAUAAGUCACGUGUGGAAUUAAAAUAUUACAAACAGAGCUUCAGUCAAGCUGUCUCCACGACGUCAGAUGAGGAGGACUCCAUUGUUGGCUCCACCUCCACCAUUGAGUCGCCUAGCAACAAGAAUAAUCGAACAAAGACCAGCCAAUCCAUGGAGACUGGGAGUGACCUUGAAAGUGUUCCCAUAUCAGCCGAAUCCAUGGCCGAGAUCUUGAUGGCCUCUGUUGUUUCUUCGACGUCAAGCAUUGUUAAAACGGACGCUCAUGCUCGACCAAUUCCGUCUAAAAUUCGUAAACAGGAAGUGAAGGUUUCUUCAGCCGUUUCCAGUAGUGUCCCAGUAUCUGUUGUGUCUAACUCUGGGAUAUCACAACUGGCCACUCAGCCUGCGCAGGCAGUUCAGUCCAGCCCCCCGAUGAUAGUAGUCCUCAUGCAGCUCCCUAAUGGCCAGACUAUUCCCGUGCAGAUACCCGUGUCCAACAUUGCCUCUUCCCAACCACUGCAGAACCUCACCGCCCAGUCGCAGAAUACGCCAAUGAUUCUGCACCAGUUCAAUCCAGUGAUGGCUGCUACAGCAUCUAACAUCGGUCCACAGAUUGUAACCAAUGGAAACACACAAGCUGCAAAAUUUCCAAUUUUACCGAAUGCCGGUAUGUCAUCAACGUCCAACGGUGGCAGUGUGUUCAUCACUUUACCAACCACUUCCACUGUUGCAGCUAGCCCCGUAGGCUUUAGUCUGCAACAUUGUCACACUGGGGGGCAGAUCUUACCAAAUCUGGGAUCCCAGCAUCAAGUUAUGAUCCUCCCCACCAGCUCGGUGGUUUCGUCCAUGCAGAACAUAGCCCCUGUGGCGUCUGUCAGCUCUACCUAUCAGACUGCGGGGUCCUCUGGGACAACAUUCUCAGGCAGCCAGUCAUACACUAAAGAGGUUACUGUUGGCGCAACUUUCCGGCUGGACAACACAAAGGAAGAAAAUAAGACCUGUUCUGCAUUCUUAAACAAGAUGUCCUCCUUUGACUACGAGGAGAAGCUGGAGCAUGAACAUCAGGCGUUGAAGAGGCAGCCGAGUCAGCUGGAGGACGAUGAUAAAGACUUACAGGAGGACAGGCUCCAGAAGGUCAGCAGCUCUGAGUCUGAUAGUUCUGGAGAUAGCCGUAGUCGCAGUAAAACCAGGAAGCAAUUUAUUGAUAGCCAUGACCACCAGAAAAUGCACAAGAAGAAGUCAAAGAAGAAGCACAGCCGGGCUGAUUCCCUGUCAAGCAUCGACCGAUCCUCGGAACCAGAACAAAAAAGACGCGAACAUCUGAGCCCUUUGAAAUUCAAGAAUAAAAAGCCCCUAGUGAGUGAUGCCAUUCAGGGAUUUCACUCGGAUGAUGAAUCAGAUGCCACUCCACAACCAAAAAAAACAAAGCUGACCAUGCCGUCAAGGUUGCCUUCCCUGGGUACCAAAGUGUCAACCUUGCCCCCAAGAAUUAGGUCAACCACUUCAUGGUCAUUGUCCAGUGGUGAAGGGCGCAGGGGUGAAAAAAUUAAGGCCAAGAGCUUAGUGUUUUCUGUGAAAAAGAAAGAAGUUGGAAGAAGAGCAUCGCCAGAGUUUGAGAGGGAAUCCAGAUUUGAAAAGGUCAGAGGGUCCCAACGACAGACAAAGUCAAGGUCGCCCAGUUUUGAAAAGUCGGCAUUUUCUCCAGAUGAUAAAAAGGCCAGGAAAGCAGAACCAAAGAAGAAGAAGAAGGAAGCCGAAACUCUUGAUAAGUCGAAAAACACCUCACUGGAUAGGUCCCGAGGUUAUGAGAGCCGUGACAGGGAGCUGAGUCCGGUGUCGGACUUUAGAUCAAACUCACCCAUGAAAAAGAAGAAGAAAGACAAAAAGAACAAGGACAAGAUGAAAGAUAGAGCUACUUCUCCUCUUAGAGAGGAUGUUGUUAUACCAAAAAAGAAGAAGGAUCAAAUGAAGGCAAGAGAUAAGUUUAUGUCGUCAGUCCCUAUGAAGUCCUUGGAGAAAAGGAAUCUGGAUCAAUCACAUGACCACAGGGAAUUAGCUACAGCAUUGACGAUGGGGCAGCAACAUAAUGUAGUCCUUCAGGAAAAGCAUAAGCCUAAAACCUUUGUCGACAAAGUGAGAUUGAUGCGGCAGGUUAGACCUUCCAUGCCCCUUUCCCGUGCAGACAUGAAAGCUUGGAAGGGACAACUAUGCUCCAAAUUCCAAGUGAAGGACGUGAGACGGUUCCAGCAAAGCUAUGGCAUUCAUCUCAAAAUGGCUCAGCUGGAGCAGAACGUCUGGGCCAUGGUGGAGGAUGUUUCUGAAUCUGUCGUUAAUAUAACCGAAAAGUUUUUCCGGCCAUUAAUGAAAUUGACAGACGAUGAAAUAAAAACAUGUCUCGAAAUCCUGAAAAGCCAAGGUCUUGCAGAAUAUAAUAAGAAAGUGAAGGAAUUUUCAGACGCAUCUUUGAAAAAGAGGAAAAUUGAGGAUACCUGUGAGAUGGAAGAACAAAAUGGAAAUGAAGAUUUACUGCAGGCUGAAAAUUUGAGGGCAUCUCAAGACAGAUGUUCUAAAUUGAGAAAUGAACUCGCCAAAGGUCUUGUGUCUCAAGCACAUAACGUGCAGGGCCAUAGUAGUGCCACAAAUACCCCCGUCACUAAUAUGGCCAUGCCCAACAUAAUGGGGAACAGUAACGGGGUUCCUUCUCAUUUCGGAAACAACAACUCUUUUGGCUUGGGAAAUAAUGGGUCAUCGGGUGGGGAUUCAAGUAAUAUUGAUUUGGACCCAAUCAUGAAAAAUAUUGAAGACUUUAGCCAAGAGUUAGGGAAUUUAGCAAAAAUGGGAAAUAACGACAUGUCCCAAGGCGUAAUGGGAAGUAAUUAUGGUACAAGUUUGGUGAACGGGAAUGCAGAUGUGAUGGGCAUGGGAAAUAUGGCCCUGAAUGGGGCUAUGGGAAUCAAUGGCAGUUUUAAUAGUAUGCAUGGCAAUGCAAACAUGAAGAUGGAUACCGGCCAGAAUAUGGUGGCAAGAGGGGCUUCCAACCUUCACAACCUAUCAGCCUCUCUGUCCGGGUCUAACGGUUCCCUCAGUGGGUUCACAGGACUGCAGGGGCUAGGAAACAGCCUCGACGCCACCACCAUGUCGCCUAGCCUCACCAAUGGCAACUCCGGGCUCGACGCCUUGAGUCAGGCGUACACAGGAUUUCACCAAUACGCAGGCUUGUCAGAUUUACUCAGCCCAGCUACAGUGAACACCAGUCUGCUCAGCUUAUCCCCCCAACCAAUGCAAGUCACCCUGGAGCUGCUCGUAUCCGUGGAUCUACCAAAGACUGGAGAUGAUGAGAAGGAGCCUCUCCUCACUGGACUGGAUUUCCUGCCGGACGGGAGACUGGUAGCCGUGGAUAACAAGAACAAGAAAUGUAUCAUACUGAAUGAUCGACUACAGAGACUUGGAACACCGUACAAGUUCAAGUAUAGCCCAUUCGGCGUAGUAUGUGUGUCUCAUGAUACACUGUGUGUAACGUUUGGUGGUGAUAAAGUAGUACGUCUCCUGUCUGUGAGUACAGACAAUACCAUCACACUGACCAGGGAGAUCACAACAUCAUCCAAGUUCGACUCUAUAUGCUGCAUGUCUCCAUCUAACAUGGUCGUGAGUACGUACGAUGAUCCUCGUCCACUUAGAAUGAUAUCAGUGGGCGGGGUAGAGUCAGACUUUGAUCACUCCCUGACGCUUCCUAUGAAGACGUACAGAAUAGAUGAGAUUGCGUGCACGUAUGUCCAGUCUAAGAACACGUUAGUACUGACUGACAGGUUCGCUAACAAUGUGUUCAUGUACGACACCGUGAAUGGCACAUCUAGAGCAGUCACUAAUGAGAACAUACAGCAGCCUCGUGGUGCCUGUGUAGGGCCUGGUGACACGGUGCUGGUGUGCAGUGAGAGGAAAGACUCCAUCGUGCACCUGACCAUUAACGGUAAAAUAGUGGGUACCUACCCAGUGGAUAUGAAGUACCCGUACAGCAUAUGUAUGUCUAAGGAUGGUAACAAGCUGGUGGUGUCUAACUGCGCUAUAGGCGUCGGGAAACUUCACUUGUAUAAGAUAUCACCGGCAAUGAGUUAGCUGACUAGUAAGAUGUAAAUGUUAUUCAUGUGAUCAGGCUUUCUACACAAUUAUUAAAUAUUGACUUUCGUGUAUUGUUUGUGUUAAACAACUCGGAAUACUAUUCCGAUUAAUUAAAAUUGAGUAGUGUUGUUACAAGGUUUUAUCGUUGAAGAAUUUUAAAAGAUUCCGAACUACCUAUGUAUUUUGCAUGUAUUAUAAUGUAAUAUGUGUCUUUAUACUUACCUUCAAUAACUAUUUUAGUGUAUAUUUGAAGACAUUUAAAUAUAUUGUGUAUGUAAUUCUAUUUAGAUUUGCAUUUCAUGCAACGUAACCAGUGUGUACGGUAGUUAGGCGCGUUAAAUAUUUGUAAAUGUAUGUUAAUUUUUGAAAAUAAUAACUAUAACUGAAAA